UAACACAACUAUCCGUGUCUGCCUCUAGCCUCACCCGUGCGUGCCAACAUGGACACUGGACGUAACGAUCACCUCAUGAAGCUUGAAGUUUUUAAAGCUGCCAAAAAGGGGUGUCUUGAGGAUUUUGAGGCCAAGUUAGCCCAACUGAACUCACAAGAACCCAUCCAUUUAUUACGCACAAGCCACCGGAAAGACACACUUCUUCACAUAGUAGUGGUCUUUGGACAUGACCAACUUGCUAAUUUUCUAGUUGGUAAAUCUCCGGAUCUUAUAACCUGCAAAAACUUCAUUGGCGACACACCACUUCAUGUUGCAGCCAGAGCGAGAGCGAGGAAGCUUAGUGUUCUUGAAUCUUUAUUGACCAUGAAAGAUCCUCCCAUUGAUUAUCUACUAGCUGAAAACAACGAUGGGAAUACUCCUUUGCACGAAGCUGUCAUUCAUAAAAGAGAUAGAGCUGUUGAGAUUUUAUUAGGGAAAAUACAAGACUACAGCAACGCUGUGUCGAAAGUUAAUAAGAAAGGGAAGUCGCCAUUGUACCUUGCUGUUGAAGCGAAGAAUGCUAAGAUUGUGCACUAUAUUUUGAACCGUUCUUGUGGUACUAGCCAAAAUGGAACCAGUAAGCAUGUUAAUGCAAACGUAUCUGUUCCGCAUGCUGCAAUAAUCGGGAAUUCAAAGAGGAUCGCCAACCCUUCCAGUAUUAGUAUUGCUACUACUAGUCAGACUCGAGUCGAUGAAGACGUUGAACCAAAAAAAUGUGUCCUACAUGUGGCAAUCACUAGGAAAGAUACAGCCGACCCCGGUUUGAAUAACAUACGUUUGCAAGCUAACUGGAUUGUGAAAACAGAAGGGAAAUGCGCCAUUGUUGAAAUAGAGAAUGUUCAGAAUUCGAAGAAUAUCUUGAACGUUUUGGAUUGUUGUACGAGCCAGAUUGGAGUAGCUGAACAUGUUGAAACCACAAAAUCUGUGCUGCAUGCCGCAGUUGCCGGAAAAGAUAUAGGGAUUUUGAGGAUGGUAGCAGAAAAGGAGGUUCAGGCGUUACCCGAUAAUACCGAUCACCUGCUACACUUGGCGGCAUCACUAGGCUUUCUGGACGGCGUGAAGUACUUGCUUGAUCAAAAAUUCGGUAUGGAUGUGUUAAGACAUGAUGAGGAUGGCUUUUGUCCAAUACAUCUUGCAUCUAAAAAAGGCCAUCUUCAAGUGACCAAAGUGCUACUUGAUCACUACCCGGAUGCAAGAGAGUUUCUAAGCAAACAAAAUCAAAACAUUCUUCAUGUUGCAGCUGAGAAUGGAAAGGACAACAUUGUCGAGUAUAUACUUAAGACUGAAUGGGCAGAAUUUCUCAUCAAUGAGAAAGAUAAAGAUGGGUACACACCUUUGCAUUUGGCCACUAAAAAUUGGCACCCAAAGAUUGUAAGUGUGCUAACGUGGGACCCUAGAAUUGAUCUAAAGCAGGUCAAUGAGGAAGGAUUGACAGCACUUGAGUUGGCUGAAAAAUACAUGGAAGUAAUGGCUCCAUUUAAAAAGAGAUUAACAUGGAUUGCGUUAAGGUCAGCUGGCACUCCAAGAACUCAUAUUAAAGACCGAGAAACUGUGAAGAGGUUAGAGGCUGCAAAAUAUGAACCAUACAAUAUGGACUACUGCAAGAGUAGAGUUAACACGCUCUUGUUGGUGGCAGCACUGGUAGCCACCGUGACCUUUGCUGCUGGAUUCACAAUGCCAGGUGGCUAUAACAGCUCAGAUUCACAACAUGCAGGCAUGGUUACUAUGCAGCAUAAGACAAGAUUCCGAAUAUUUGUUAUUUGCGACAGUAUAGCGGUGUAUAGCUCAAUCAUCGUGACGGUAAUGCUAAUGUGGGCACAAUUAGGUGAUCUUAAUCUAAUGCUUAAUGCUUUGAGGAAGGCACAGCGGUUGUUGGGGUUAUCACUUGGGAUGAUGUCUUUAGCAUUCUUGGCUGGCGUGAAUCUUGUUGUGACCGAAUCCCAUUUGCUUUCUGUAGUACUUUUGGUAAUGGGAAUUGCAUCACUUAUCAUCCUCGUAGCUCUCUUUGUCCCACUCUUUUUGCCCUAUACAUCCAAAUUAAUAAUCUUUCGUUAUAUCUCCCAAUAUUGCAUAUUAAAUGGGGAUGAAAUUGAAAGAUUUCUAUAUUAUGUCUUGAAUGAAUGA